AUGAGCAGAUUGUCGUUACUUCCGGUUGUCCUGGUGGCGUUGUCGGCUGUGCUGCCGAACGCCGACGCCGCUCCGUUUAAGAAGUUCAAGAAAUUCGGGAAAUUCGGAGGCGGCGGCGGCUUCGUCCGAUCCUUGGUGAUCCCCACCCCGGUGUUCGUCCACCCCACCUACGGCUCUGGCUACGGCCUCGGCGGAGGAUUUGGUCACGAAGGUUUCGGAGGCGGUCACGGCGGCUUCGGAGGAGGAUUUGGAGGUGGUCACGGCGGCUUUGGAGGCGGCUACGGCUGGUGA